UGUAGAAACGCAUGCGACCGUCUGAUGAAAGUAGAGCAACUGCCCAUUCGACCAUUGUGAUUGUGAUUAAUGACAUUGAAAUUGUUAGCACAUUUAGAUUUAAAUUAUAAUACUCAGGAGAACGGGGUCGAUGAACCUAGUUGAAGAUUAAAGUCAAGAUAGUAAUAAUUUGUUAAAAUUAAUUGAUAACAGGAUGGCUGCAGCUCAUGAUAUGUUGAAGCCUCUGCAAUGGUUGCUAGGAAAAUGGCGUUCGGUAGAGGGAGUUGGAAAGUUUCCUACCAUUAAAGAUUUUAAAUAUGCAGAAGAUUUAGAAUUCUUUCAGUUUGGUCAACCAAACAUCCAAUACAGUUAUUAUUCGUAUGACAGUACUACAAAAAAACCAUUACACAGAGAAAUAGGUUUCAUAAGAAUUAAACCAAAUUCCAACAAAGUGGCCUUUGUUUCUGCACACAACAUGGGAUUAAGUUUAAUAGAAGAAGGGGAGGUAACCGGUGAAGAGAUAAAGGUAGAAUCUCAUACUAUUGCAAGAUUGACUUUUGGUAGUGAACCAGAAACCAAAAAGAUCUCAAGAGUAAUAAAGAAAGUUGGUGAUGAGCUUGAGCAAGUAUUAUAUAUGGAAACCAGUAAAACUCCAUUAACUGAACAUUUAAGAAUUAGAUAUAAAAAAAUUGAAUGAAAUACAGAUACAUGACCUGUAUUAUGUGACAAAUUUAUAGACAGGUUGAACUAAUAAAUCCAAUUAACAUGAAAAAUCAAUCAAUUUAUUAAAAUCCUGUGAAUUGACAUUCAGGGUUUAUAAUAGUGUAGACAGUACAACUGUACCAUACCAUUAAUACCUCAGAUCUCUGGACAGAGAUGUCUAAAUCUUAUAGACUGGCAGCUCAGUGCGGGGG